UUUCUUAACCCGGAAGUAAAUAAGGCCCUUUCGGCCACACGUGUAAACGGUUUAACCAUGGGAAAAUCCAAACAAACAGGAAACCACAGUAGUGACAAGAAGAAGCACAUUGCAAAGACAUGGAAGACAAAGCGCAGGACCAAAGACCUGGACCAGAUCCACUCGGACAUGAAGACAGAGGCAGCAGCCAAGCUGCUUAAUCAGGAGGUGGAUUUAGAUGUGACAGGAUGUGCUCAACACUACUGUUUACACUGCGCGAGAUAUUUUGUGGAUAUGAGAUCAUUGAAAGAGCACUUCAAAACUAAAGUGCACAAAAGACGGUUGAAACAGCUUAGAGAGGAGCCGUAUACCCAGGCAGAGGCAGAGCGAGCAGCAGGUAUGGGCUCCUACAUCCCCGCAAAAACAGUGGAAGUGAAGACACAGACUGUGGAAGAGAACAUGGACUGAUCAACCCAAUAAACAAAGUGUUUACAAAAUGGAUAAUGCUUCGGUUAAUCCUUGUUGUCACAAAUUUUGAGUGCAAUGUUAAAUGCUUUAUUGUGACAUAUUUCAGCAGGAUCAGAAAAGCCUUUACCCUUAAUACUAGGUAUAAUCCACCAUGUACCUAUGUAAAUGUUGAGCAUGUGUAGGACUGUGUGUAAUGCUAAUAAACAUGAGGCAGGUUUAGAUUGCAGAUUGCUUUCA